AAAAGAGAGGUAAAGAAGAAAGGAAAACUUUACCAAACAGAAGAAAGUGCAAGCUGGAUUAUAUUCCACUGGAUUCUGCUCCCACUUCCUCAACUAUGAUUUGAAAUCACACUCACAAGCCAAACAAGUAACAAUAUAUCCCAAGGUCCUGUUUGGUAAAGGUUGCAUUUUUCAGGUACACCAAGAUUGGGGCUUUAAUAUUUGCCUUGUGGGUGUGUGAAAAAAUUGGAUCUUGAUCCUUAGGGUUGUCUUUGUUAGUGAAUUCUUGCAAUUUAGGGUCGUUUUUCGUUUUCUCUUUUUGCUCAUUUUUCCUCUCAAGGGUAAAAUAGAACUAGCUAGAGACAGUAUAGACACCAUCUGGCUACUGUGGAGAUCUGGGAGUUGCUUCAUCUGUUAUGUCCCAUGAGGAACUUCUUCCCUUCAGAUUCCUGCAGAGAUUCUCAGCUAAAAGCCAUCAAUCCACAAUCAUGGCUCCAAGUUGAGAGGGGCAAACUUCCGAAAUUCUCCUCCCGUUCUUCUUACUCUUCAAUAGACUCAUUAAUCAAGGUUCCUCAACCUCCUAUUUUACCACACUUCAAACCUGUUGACUAUGUAGAGGUUUUAUCCCAAAUUCAUGAAGAACUCGAGACGUGCCCUCCAACCAAACGGUCAUAUCUCUAUCUGCUUCAGUUUCAGGUCUUUAAGGGUCUUGGGGAAGUCAAAUUGAUGCAGAGAAGCCUCCGUGCUGCUUUCUUGAAAGCCGAAACUGUAUAUGAUAAGCUAAUCUUUGGGGCUUGGUUGAAGUAUGAAAAGCAAGCCGAAGAUUUUGUUUUGGACUUGCUUGAAUCUUGUGGUAAAUGUGCAAAGGAGUUGUUCGGGGUUAUAGAUAUAGCUUCUGAGAUAGCACCUGUAUAUAUAGCUUCUUCCUAUGUAGAUUCUACUUUUUCUAGAACUGUUACAUUUCAAAUCGGGCGUGAAAAAAUAGUAUGUGACAGGAAAAAGAUUGCUACCCUUUCAUCCCCUUUCCAAGCCAUGCUUAAUGGUUGUUUUAAAGAAUCCUUUUGUGAUGAAAUAGAUUUGUCAGAAAAUGACAUUUCUGCAAUGGGAUUCAGGCUGAUAAGUAAAUUUACCAUAAAGGGCACACUGGACGAAGGAGUGUCAUCUGACCUUUUGUUAGAAAUUUUGGUGUUUUCCAACAAGUUCUGUUGUGAAACUCUCAAGGAUGCGUGUGAUAGGAGACUGUCUUCUCUGGUAUCUUCUACAAUGGACGCUGUUGAUCUAAUUGAAUGUGCCCUUCAGGAGGAUGCCCCUGUCCUUGCCGCCUCGUGCUUGCAGGCCAUCCUGCGAGACCUUCCCCGCUCUUUGAACGAUAGUCGGGUGGUUGAACUGCUAAGCAAUGUUAAAAGUCAACAAAGGUCAACUUUGGUCGGUGAGUCCGCCUUUUCCCUUUACUGUUUUCUAAGUGAAGUGGCAAUGAGUACUGACCAAUUGGAAAUGGGUGCCUAUUUCUUGGAACGGAUGGUCGAUUCCUCAGAAAACAACCAACAGAAGAUGGUGGCUUGUCAUCAAUUGGGAUGUGUUAAAUUCCUUAGAAAAGAGUAUGAUGAUGCUGAGGUUCACUUCCAGGCCGCGUUUGACGCGGGGCAUACUUACUCCAUUGUUGGUUUGGCUAGAGUAAUGAGUCACAUCAAGGGUCAUAAAAGAUUGGCAUUUGAGAAAUUAAGUUCUAUAAUUUCUUCCAUGAAUGCCCUUGGAUGGAUGUACCAAGAGAGGUCAUUGCAUUGCGAAGGAGACACGAGCUGGGAUGAUUUGGAGAGAGCGACUGAAUUGGACCCCACGCUGACUUACCCGUACAUGUCCCGAGCAGCUUCGUUCAUGAGAAGAAAAAAUUCCCAGAGUGCCCUUGCAGAAAUUAACCGGAUUCUCGGAUUCAAACAAGCUUUGGAGUGUUUAGAGCUCCGGUUUUGUUUCUACCUCGCCAUAGAAGACUACCAAUCAGCCAUGUGUGAUGUUCAAGCAAUCCUCACUCUAUGUCCGGAGUAUAGGAUGUUUGAUGGGCGGGUCCCGGCAUUGCAACUCCGUACACUCGUGAGGGAGCAUGUUGAGAACUGGACAGAAGCUGACUGUUGGAUGCAAUUGUAUGAACGAUGGUCGUCUGUCGAUGAUAUUGGGUCCCUUUCGGUAAUAUAUCAGAUGCUCGAGUCAGAUUCGCCAAAAGGUGUUCUCUACUUCAGACAAUCUCUUCUCUUACUCAGAUUAAAUUGCCCAGAAGCAGCCAUGAGAAGUUUAGAGCUGGCUCGCCAGCAUGCAUCUAGUGAACAUGAACGCCUGGUUUAUGAGGGGUGGAUCUUAUAUGAUUCUGGUCAUUGUGAAGAAGGCCUAAGAAAGGCAGAUGAAUCUAUACGCAUCAAGAGAUCUUUUGAAGCAUUUUUCUUGAAAGCCUAUGCAUUGGCUGAUUCCUGUCUUGAUCCGUCUUGUUCAUCAACUGUCAUAUCACUGCUUGAAGAAGCUUUGAGGUGCCCUUCAGAUAGGCUUCGCAAAGGUCAGGCACUAAACAAUCUUGGUAGUGUCUAUGUUGAUUGUGAGAAUCUAGAGGCUGCAGCUGAUUGCUAUAUGAAUGCCCUUGAAAUUCGACACACCCGGGCCCACCAAGGUCUUGCUCGGGUCCACUUCUUGAAAAAUGACAAGACUGCUGCAUACAAUGAGAUGACCAAACUGAUUGAGAAUGCUAAGAGUAAUGCAUCUGCCUACGAGAAGAGGUCGGAGUACUGUGAAAGAGAGCUCACAAAGGCAGAUCUUGAGAUGGUCACUCGUUUGGAUCCUCUACGGGUUUACCCAUACAGAUACCGGGCUGCAGUGUUGAUGGACAACCGAAAGGAGAAGGAAGCAAUUAGUGAACUGACAAGGGCGAUUGCUUUCAAAGCGGAUCUCCACCUUUUACACCUCAGAGCCGCAUUCCACGAGCACAUUGGUGACGUUACAGGUGCACUACGAGACUGUCGGGCGGCUCUCUCGGUUGACCCAAAUCAUCAAGAAAUGCUGGAACUUCAUAGCCGUGUAAACACUCAGGAACCUUGAAGGAAGAAAACGUCCACCCCGUCAAGUUGGGGGAGGAUGGAUGAGCAGUAGAUUCUUUGUUGAAUUAUCUCCGUUUCAAUAACAAAAUUUUGUUCUGUUGUAAUGUAGGAGUAUCAUGCUUUCCCCCUUUUGGGUUUCUUUUUGUGAAUAUGAGUUCUAGAUUAAUGCAACACCAAUUUUUAUAAGGCAUCAUCAAUAUUGUGAAGAGCCAUAUUUUCCUUUACUUGUUUAUUCUCAUGGUCCACUUCAC